UUAUAUUUCACCAGUAGAAGCUUCAAGAAAUUGGCGCGAAUUGAGGAAAAAUGGCGGACCAAUCACAGCGUGCUAUCUUAUGGCCAGACUCUUAUUAGAGGGUCUCUAGGCCACUUGAGCCAGCAGCGCCAGCAGCUGACGUGUCGACCAUCAUCGCGAUGAAAUCGGAGCAGUUGCGAAUGUUGCGAUGACAGUGAAGGAGAGAUUAGAAGCCUACAGGCGUAGAAAACGUAGGGAGGAGAUGAUGCAGUCGGUCAAGAGUGUAAUGAAAAACAUAUUUUCGUGGAAUCGCCAAAGCGGAAUCGAGAGAUCCAUCGGAGAAUCUACGAGCGACGAGCAGGUCCAACUGUGCGAACAGUCGGUGGACGUCCAAGAGGAGGACGUCCAGGAGGAGAACGUCCAGGCGGAAGAUAGUACGCAGGAGUCGCAACGCACAGUGUUGAACCAAGUAAUCUAUUUAUUAUACUUCCUGUUGUGGGCGACGCUAUAUGUCAUCGCGCUGGAGUAUGAGUUUGGUGCUGUCUACUUUGUACUGUCGGCUCUGGUCUUCAUCUGCCUGAACACCAGAUCUGGACCGAAGCAACGUGGCGAGCUCAGUGCUUAUUCUGUCUUCAAUCCAAAUUGCGAGGCAAUAGAGGGUACCCUCGACGCGUCGCAGUUCGAGAAAGAGAUAAGAUACGGUAUAGGAGGGACACGGUGAGAUCAAGAUGGAUCAGUAAAGUGAAUAUUGAUUUGAGACGUUACUCAUAUUCCGAUCUAUUUAAUGCUACGAUUGGACCAAAUAUGAAGGGUAUACAGAAACGAGCUAAGAUUCUCAAGAGACUCACUAACGCCAGUAUUCAUAGUCAGACUUCAAAGCUGUCUCAAGAUCAUCUUUAGAUACUCUGUAACCGAUGAAAUGUUCCGUACAGCAUCGUUAGAUAAUUCAAGACGGUAGGAAAGAAGGAAAA